AUGAGAAGUGCCCCAGUCACUCCAGCCGAGGUGAGGGCGGCUGGUAAUCCAAGUACUCCGGGAGCAACACGCUUGCCCUCCAAGACGGUCUCUUCUACUUACCCCGAGACGUCAUCUAGAGAGACUCCAGAUUCCGGGGAGCAAAGGAGCCCAGGACUGCCUCGGUCCAACACGGAACAUCACUUUACCUCCCCUGAGCUUGGUUCUGAGGGAGACACCACGCUAACCCCCAGUGUUUCCCUGCUGUCACCUGCUUCAGAUCUGGGUGAUAAAGUGCCAGGCUCCAGCACAUCCUCAGUGCAGACAGUUAACUCUUCCACGACCACGGGGAUCCCGGGGAGCCCAGAGAGGACGGAGCCCAACACAGCUGUCACGUUUCCCAUAACGGCAAGUAAUCCAGUGGCAAGUGCUGGGAGGGUCAGAAGUGCCACCUCUACCCUGGCCCGUCCAUCUACCCCAGGGGAAGAGACAGCAGGGAGCAUGCUCCCCCUCAGCACCUCCCCCGAGACCCCAGACCCGCCCAGCCUCCCCGCAGCCGGGACUUCGGCUUCGGAACCGUCGGGUGGCCCUGGAACCCUCAGCAUCACCAGUGUGUCUGGAAUGAAGACUUCAUUUUCUCCAUUCCCCUCCUCUGCCUCAGAAGAGACCAACACCCUUUUAUUUACUACUGGAGAGGAUUCAAAGAAACCUUUAAAUCCAUCUGUGUCUCCACCUGAGACCUCUGUUUCCAGAGACAAGACCACCUUGGCCUUCACCUCUGUGCCCAUGCAAGCCCUCUCAGCCGUGGACUCCUGGGCUACACGCUCAGGUGAGUACCGCUCAUCCCAUAUAGUGAAUGCCUUCAGGACCACAAACAGCACCUCCAUUGCACAGUCAGCCAACGCCACUCUUCCUAAAACUUCUCGGUUGACGAGGACCCCUGCUUUUAUUUCUGCAGCCGCCAUGUCACAGACCAACACUGUACUUCACAGCAAUGCUUGGCCCGAGACGAGUCCCAAAUUUGCAACAAGGUCGCCUCCGGCACGAAGCUCUGUGUCAGCGACUGCCCCUCUUCUUUCUGCGGCCGGCGUGGUUCCUGCAUUCAGUUCCCUAAAAACCAGCUCCACGGAAGGAGUGUCUGUGUGGCAGCCUUCAACAGACAACCCAAGAGGUCCAGCCACCGUUCCUUCCGGACCUUCCACCAGGAUGCAGCCCACAGAGGGAAAUGGUGGGGAAAGGAAGUCGGGAACAACCCACCCGCCCAUUGGAACCGCAUCUCCACCUGAGACAUCCACACAUGCCUCCCUGGCCAAGGAAAGCCGUUGGGUCUCAACGAGUGCAUCUCAGUCCACUGGUGCUUCCAGCUCAAGGACUGUACGAAGGACAAGCCACUUGGCUGGCCUCUUGUCUGGGGCCCCCUAUGAUUUGUCCUCUGGGGGGCUUACAGUUUCUGGGGAUGAAACCAGCCCACCUCUGGCUCCAGAAACAACUGCAGUUCCCUCGCCUGAUAACUCGUCUUCAUCUGCUGCUUCUGUUGCCCCAGUCCCAGUGGCCACCACAUUUUUAGCCCAGGAGGUCACCGCAAGCACUGUAGCCGGCACAGCUGAGGCUAGUAAAUGGGACAUGCCCAUAUCUUCUAGGACUUCCUCAUCACUUAGCAACUCCCCAGCCAGUGCGGACACAUGGAGGGGCGUCUCUGUUCCCCUGGCUACUCCAUCGUCAGCCCCAUCAGUGGAGCCAUCAGAAGAGAGCGUUGCUACCUCUGGCACCCGCCCAGAACCAACAGACUCAUCCGGCGUCCUCCUCAGAGAGGUGCAAACCAGUCCAGAGAGUCACACGCCCCUUGUCUCACCCUCGGUGAAGGCCACUGCGGCUGUAUCAAUAGCAAAAAUGGAGACUGAUGAAAUCUCUUACUCUUCUGGGUCGCCACCUGUGAUGUCACUUCCCGGAAAGAUCGGCACCAGUGGUACCGGGGCCUCCGCCACAUACGUCCCCCCUCCGGAUCCCAUGGUGACACGUUCAGCUCAGGUCUCUUCAUCCCAUUUGGUGAAGGAGCUCAGAACCACAGACACUUAUGCAAGAACAGAGUCCGCCAGCCCAGCUGCUCAUGCUGGAAGUCCUCAAAUCCCAAGGACACCCAGUCCCACUAGCCCAGACACGAUGGCAGGGGCCAGCACAGACACAGCUGAACGCUUCACUGGAUCCCAGGGCACAGAUCCGGCAGAAAAAUCCCCUGGAUUCGGGACACGGUCAACCCUAGGACCAGUGUCUGUCGUGGCCUCUGCCUCCCCUCCCUCUGGAAGCAGCACAUUGGAACUGACCUCUGAUGCCUCAGGUGAGUCCUUGACCCUGAGCACCAGUAACGAGAGCACAAUCACUUCUUGGCUCCGGGCUCUCAGUACGUCUCUCCCCGUGGUAACGUGGCUGAGUACCAGCUCAACAGAGGAAAGGGCCUUAAAUGCUCCCGAUGCUUCAAGUCCAAGUUCAUCCAAGACAUUUGCUACAUUUACACCUUCUGUACCUUCCCAUGAACUUGCAGAUCCAGGGGUAGACACCACUGUUCUCCAAAAUACAGAUUCGACCACCAUUUCCAGGCCUCUCCAGCACAGAAGCCGGGCAGAGCUCCUCUCGGCCCCUCCCCAUUACCUCUCCAUCGACAGAGCCCACAUCCCCAGCAGCACUGACCACCUCAACACCCAAGAGAAGACUCACAUCAGAGGCAACAAGACCAGCCGGCUCCGUGUCUCGAGACGAGACGAGCUCACCCCCAAGGCGGACUGCAGAGGCACUGAUGGGACUGUGGUGUCCGUUACUCACUUCCCCACAUAUGAAAGUUCCUCAUGGCUGAACAGUGACCCUUCAACACCUGUGACCGUGGUUGAUUCUGCAGGUCCUCAGGAGCCUGUGACAACCACCACUGGGGAGCUGAGUGAGGGGGCGUAUGGAGGCACCACGUGGUCAACGGGUGACCCCAUGUCUCUGGUGACUGUAGGCAGACUGGGCCUGCCCACAAGAAGCCCAGGAACAUCUGAAGAUAUCCUAAAUCCAAGCUCCAAGGAGCCCAGCAGCAGCAGCCACAAGGCCAGGAUCACUGUGGGGACUUCUCUUAGGAAGACUCCAAAAGAGACUGCCCCUGUGGAUACCACAGUGGGACUGGCCACCCUUCAGUCCCCGAACACAGGGAGUGUCAGCACCAAACUCCUUCCCUUGCCCACAGGAAACACGAUGACAGCAGAAUCAUCCACAGAAAUGGCAGUAGUUACAAAUAACAUCUCACACUCCACACAUCCAGCUGAGGCCUGGGCUAGUACUUAUUCUGGGACACCAGAAGGGACAAGCCAGUCAAGAGGAACAAUGUCCUCUUUCCACCCAGAAUCAACUUCUGUAGGUGCCACAGGGAAGGUUCAGCAAGUCAGCUCAGGCUUGACUUCAAAGACAACUGAAAUGGACUUGUCCACACGGUUUGGCUCCACCGAGGGGACCGCAGUGGACACUCAUUUCCCCUUGAGCACAUCUUCCACUGGUCUUCAAGACUCUGCAACAAGUUUAGUUAUCUCCAAGGUAGCCACAGGCUCAGUGGCAGAUAAAUCCGAACUUAAAACCACGCCGUGGGUCAGCACCGUGGUCAUUCCUUCCACGGCCUUCAGUACAAAGGCAAUGGCAGUUGAACGACAGACAGGUGGAUCUGUGGGGAAGGCUUAUUCAUCUGGCCCAUGGCCAAAGCAGAUACCUCGGAGUGACCCAAUGUCGAGUGCCUCCCCUGUGAAGCCAGACACAGCUACCACCACCCUCACAACCCACAUUCCUCCAACAGGACCUUGGACUUCUGACAGGUCAGAAGGCUCAGCCACUAUCAGCCUCACCAGUAUGGCAAAAGAGACAACUGGUUCCUCUAUAGCUGCUACUUCCCCUUUGGUGGGGCCCAAUUCUGAGUCCAUCACUGGACUGGAGACCACUGAAAUGGCAUCUCCACCUGGGGUCCCUUCUGUGACAUCAUAUCCGACAGAACUAACAAGCAAGGGUGGGGCUCUCACCUUGGUGAUCAUCACCUCCAGCCCCAGGGGAGCAAGGUCAGUUUCAACUAUAAUGACUAGCCCGGAGAGGAAGUCCAGGGCCACAGGCAGCACCCAAGCACCAGGGACCUCUCCAUGGACUGUCACAGACACAGCUGUCCAGUCACAUGUCACUGGUUUGCCCAAAGUCAGUUCUACAGGGAGGACACUUUCCUCCUCAGCAGUGGCUACUGGAACAGCUGAACAACAAACAAGUGUAUCUGUGGGUGCGGCUUAUUCAUCUGCUAUCACACGGUCAGACAAGACAACUGGGAGUGAUCUGAUUCAUGGUGCAUCUCUAGAAGCCACAGACACAUUGCAUCUCACCUCCAGAGAACAAACCACAUCGGCAACUCUGACAUUUAAAAGCCAAGCCAUCACCAGCCCUACCAAUGAUGCUUCAGGAGGAAAAAUGAACUCUUCACCAUCUGGUGUAUUUCCUUCAAUGGAGUCUAAGAUGCUGGUGGCCGUCACAAGUGUAACGACUAGUAAGGCUGCCUCUAUGACUGAGCAACUGUCACAGACCUCAUUUCCUGCAGAAGCGAGCAUGAUGAGUACGACCACAGCCCCCCCUCCACGUGUCAUCACCACUAUCACCACUAUGGGAACCAACUCAGUCCUGACUACCAUGUCCAACCCAGAGAGGAGAGAGAGCACCAUGGACAGCACCCUGGCUACAGAGACCAGCACAUCUGCCAUGGAGCAUCCUUCCACCUGGUCAUCCACAACUGCUUCUGCCCCAACAUCAGGCUCCUCGGCUAUGAAAGACAUAACUUCAAUUUUGAAAGUCACAGGUUCUCCCAAAACAACUUCUGCAAUGGGCACAACUUCAUCCUUAGCAUCAAGCACAGAAUCAGGCUCUUUAUCUACUCCCCAUGGCAUUAUGACUGUUACUGGAACCAGCCCAGCCAGUCCAUCUUCUCAUGCUUCAGCUGAAGAUAUGAGGUCCACAAAUAUGAGAACAUUGACUCCUUCAGACACAACUGCAUCUAUGCCCAUUUCAACUUCUGGUAUCGAGAAGAUGAACACCUUACUUCCUGACAUUUUAGACACAAGUUGGACUACCAGUAAAAGAAAUAUGGAAGUUCUGCCUGGUUCAAUGGCUUUCACUGACCAUCCAAAUACAAAGACUGACCCCAAUAUCCUCCUAUCCAUUUCACUGCCUGAUUCUCUGCCCACACAUGACUGGACUACUGGGAAACCUGUGUCACCAGCCACAACCACUACCUCCACUCCUCAAGGGGACACAACUCAAAAAUUCAAUGUAAUGAACACGAUCAGACCAACUACCUCAUACAUACCAUUCUUUACAACGGAAACAGGUAUAGCUCCUUCGCUAAGUUACACUCCUACAAAUGAAGAGAGAAGAACAGAGAAAUACACCAAUGACAACAUAUCUACCCCAACACUUCCUCAGUCCAUGAGGUCAUCAGAUACCACCAGGGGCCGUAUAAUGAAAGUUGUGACAAAUGGUGAAAAACUAACCAUGAGUGAACAGAAUGGUACUACUAGGACUACAUCUGAGGGCACGCUAGCCUUGGGUACCUCAGCCAUAGCAUCAAGGGCAGAGAUGCACUCGGCUGCGACUCAGGGUUCUAGACACUCAGAGACGACCACUAGCAUGGACAGACAUUCAGAGGAUGUGUCACACCCAAGCCCUUCCUCUGAGCAGGACAUCAGCUCUCCAUCUUCCCUGGUGCCUUUAUCUUCCAUGACCUCAUCCUCUACAGUGUCCCCCACACUGCCAACCAGUAAUCCUCCUUCUCUUGUACCUGUCACGUCACCUCUCACCCAUGGCCUGCUGAGGACCCACAGCACUUGGAACACAAGCUUGGAAGGUGUGAUCAGUUCACCCUCAGGUCUGAGUAAAACCUCAGUAGAGAUUCAGGCCUCGUCUGAAGACUCUACUGAUACAGAGGCCACUCACCUUCCCCAAAACACAGCAGUGACCUACGUAACGACCCUCAGUUCUGCAUGGGAAUCUAACCCCGUGGCCCCAGCAGGCUUACAGCCAGACACGGGCACAUCUCAUGUCAAGACCUCCUCCAUUGGUGGGGAUGCAAUGGCUUCCACAAAAUGGUCAGGCCUCUCUGGAACCACGGAGACUGAGACACCAUCAAAGAUGUCCCUGGCCCCAGACCCAUGGGAAACCAACACGUUCCGGCACACCAGCUCAGCCACAGAGGAAAUGACUGGCCCUUCCAGGGUGUCCACAGGUACUAAUACUGAGGCCACCAGGACAGGCAUCAUGUUCUUUAGCAGGGCAUCCACCCUGGGCCCUGUUCAGCUCACGAUGUCACCAGACUUCCCCACAGAAAUCAACACCAGGCUCUCUCUUUCCCCCGUCAUGACAGAAUCUGAACCUAUAACCAUGGACACUAUAAACAUUCCCUUAGAGGCUAUACCCCAAGGCACACUAGUCUGGGAUACAUCAGCCACAGCAUCAGGGGCACAGACACACUCAGCCAUGACUCAGGGUUCUCCACGCCCAGAGAUGGCCGCUAGCGGGGACAGAGGUUCUGAAGAUGAGUCACUCGCCAGCCCUUCCUCUGAGCAGGACAUCAGCUCUACAUCUUCCCUGGUGCCAUCUUUACAAGGUAUGUCCUUGACUUCUGCAGUGUCCCCCACACCUCCAGCCAGUAGUUCUUAUCCUUCUGACUCUGUCACCUCACCUCUCACCACUGGCCUGCCGAGGACCCACAUCACAUGGGGUAUGAGCUCGGAAGGUGUGAACAGUUCACCCUCAGGUCUGAGUCAGACCUCAGUCGAUGUAUGGGCCCCAUCUGAAGUCUCUACCACUACAGAAGCUAUUCACCCUCCCAAAACCACAGCAGUGACCCACAUGGGGACCCUCAGUACUGCAUGGGAAGCCCACUCCUCAGCCCCAGCUGUCUCAGAGACAGCCACUGGCACAACUCCGAUUGAGACCUCCCCCACUGGUGGGACCACAAUGGCUGUCACACCAAUGCCUGGCUUCUCUGGAACCACGGAGACUCAGACACAGUCAAAGUCCUCCCUGGCCCCGCAACCACAGGAAACCAUCACAUCCCAGCACACCACCUCAGCUACAGAGGAAAUUACCGUCCCUUCCGAAGUGUCCACUGGUACUAGGUCUGGGGUCUCCAGGACAGUGUUCAUCUCCCGGAGUGGAACUUCCAUCCCUGUCCCUACUCGGGCCACAGUGUCACCAGGCAUCCCCAUGGGAAUCAACACCAGGCUCUCUGCCUCACCAGUCAUGGCAGAAUCUUCACCUAUAGCCAAGGCCACUGAAACCAUUCCCCCGGAAGCUAUAUCCCAGGGCAUGCUAGCCUGGGGCACAUUAGCGACAGCCUUGGAGCCUCAUACGCUCUCGGCUGUGACUCAGGGUUCUCCACUUUCAGACGUGACCACUAGCAUGGACAGGCGAUCUGAGGGUGUGUCACUCUCAAGCCCUUCUUCUGAGCAGGACGUCAGCUCUCCAUCUUCCUUGGUGCCUUUACAUGCCAUGACCUCGUCCUCUGCAGUGUCCUCCACUCUCCCAGCCAGUAGUCCUUUUCCUUCUGACUCUGUCACCUCACCUCUCACCGCUGGCCUGCCGAGGACCCACAUCACAUGGGGUACGAGCUCAGAAGGUGUAACUAGUUCACCCUCAGGUCUCAGUCAAACCUCAGUCGACGUAUGGACCCCAUCUGAAGUCUCUACCACUACGGAAGCUAUUCACCCUUCUGAAAACACAGCAGUGACCCACAAGGGGACCCUCAGUUCCACAUGGGAAUCCCGCUCCUCGGCCCCAGCUGGCUCAGAGAUAGCCACAACCACAGAGGACAUGAGCAUCUCUUCCAAGGUCUCCACUGAGUCUAGUGCCGGGGCCUCCAGGACAGACGCCAUGUUCUCUAGCAGGACAUCCACCCCUGGCCCUGUUCAGCUCACAAUGUCACCAGACAUCCUCACAGAAAUCAACACCAGGCUCUCUACCUCCCCUGUCAAGGCAGAAUCUGAACCUAUAACCAUGGCCACUGAAACUGGUCCCCCAGGGACUUCAUCCCAAGGCACACUAGCCUGGGACACAUCAGACACAGCAUCGGGGGCACAGACACACUCAGCCGUGACUCAAGGUUCUCCACACUCAGAGAUGACCGCUAGCGGGGACAGAGUUUCUGAAGAUGAGUCACCUGCCAGCCCUUCCUCUGAGCAGGACAUCAGCUCUCCAUCUUCCCUGGUGCCUUCUUUACAAGGUAUGUCCUUGACUUCUGCAGUGUCCCCCACACCUCCAGCCAGUAGUUCUUAUCCUUCUGACUCUGUCACCUCACCUCUCACCACUGGCCUGCCGAGGACCCACAUCACAUGGGGUACGAGCUCGGAAGGUGUGAACAGUUCACCCUCAGGCCUGAGUCAGACCUCAGUGGAGAUAUGGGCCAUGCCUGAAGCCUCUACCACUACAAAUGCAAUGCCCCCUUCUGAAAACACAGCAGUGUCCCAGGUGGGGACCCUCGGUACCUCAAGGGAAUCCCACUCCUCGGCCCCAGCUGGCUCAGAAUCAGCCACAGGCACAUCUCUAGUCAAGACCUCCUCCCUCGAUGGGGACACCAUGGUUUCCACUCCAAUGCCUGACCUCUCUGCAACCACGGAGACAAAGGCACAGUCAAUGUCGUCCCAGGCCCCAGAACCACGGGAAACUGGAACAUCCCGCCAUACCAGCUCAGCCCCAGAGGAAAUCACCGUCCUUUCCGAGCUGUCCACUGGUAAUAGUGCUGAGGCCUCUAGGACAGCUGUCAUCUCCCCUAGCAGGACAUCCAUCCCUGGACCUGGUCGGCCAGCGUUGUCACCAGACAUCCCCACGGGUAUCAACAGCAGGCUCUCUAUCUCACCUGUCAUCGCAGGAUCCUCACCCAUAUCCAACACCACCAAAACACCAAGGCCACUGAAAACCAUUCCCCCGGAAGCUAUAUCCCAGGGCAUGCUAGCCUGGGGCACAUUAGCGACAGCCUUGGAGCCUCAUACGCUCUCGGCUGUGACUCAGGGUUCUCCACCUUCAGACGUGACCACUAGCAUGGACAGGCGAUCUGAGGGUGUGUCACUCUCAAGCCCUUCUUCUGAGCAGGACGUCAGCUCUCCAUCUUCCUUGGUGCCUUUACAUGCCAUGACCUCGUCCUCUGCAGCGGGGACAGAGUUUCUGAAGAUUGAGUCACCUGCCAGCCCUUCCUCUGAGCAGGACAUCAGGCUCUACAUCUUCCCUGGUGCCUUCUUUACAAGCUCUACCACUACAAAUGCAAUGCCCCCUUCUGAAAACCCAGCAGUGUCCCAGGUGGGAACCUCGGUACCUCAAGGGAAUCCCACUCCUCGGCCCCACAGGGACAUCCAUCCCUGGACCUGGUCGGCCAACGUGUCACCAGACAUCCCCACGGGUAUCAACAGCAGGCUCUCUAUCUCACCUGUCAUCGCAGGAUCCUCACCCAUAUCCAACACCACCAAAACAGUUCCCCGACCGACUACAUCCCAAGGCAGUAUAGCCUGGGACUCAUCAGCCACAGCUUCGUGGACAGAGAUGCACUCAGCUGUGACUCAGAGUUCUCCACACUCAGAUGGGACUACGAGCGUGGACAGGGUUUCUGAGGAUAUGUCACACAGAAGCCCUUCCACUGAGCAGGACAUCAGCUCUCCAUCUUCCCUGGUGCCUUUACAUGCUAUGACCUCGGCCUCUGCAGUGUCUCCCACACUGCCAGCCAGUAGGCCUUCUCCUCUUGCUCCUGUCACCUCACCACCUCUCACCACUGGCCUGCCAACAAUCCACAGAACGUGGGGCAUGAGCACAGAAGGUGUGAUCAGUUCACCCUCAGUUCUGACCAGCACGUUAGUGGACACUUGGGCCACAUCUGAAGCCUCUACCCCUACAGAGGCCAUUCAUCCUCCUGAAUACACAGCAGUCACCCAUGCGGCAACCCUCCUUUCUGCCCAGGAAUCCCACUCCUCGUCCCCAGCCUCAUCAGAACCAGCCACAGGAACAUCUCCAAUAGAGACCUCCUCCAUCGGUCAGGACACACGGCUUCCACACCAGUGCCUGCCCUCUUGGGAAACCACAGAGAAGGAAACAGUGUCAUCGUCAUCCCUGGCCCCGGAACUGUGGGAAUUGGACUCCUUUCGGCACACCAGCUCAGCCACGGAGGAAAUCACCAUCCCCCCUGAGCCCACAAUGUCCCCUGACAUCCCAUGGGAAUCACACCAGCUCUCUACCUCCCUCAUUGAGGCAGAAUCUGCACAUAUAAUCAUGGCCACCAGACAGUUCCCCCCAGGAGCUACCUCCAGGGUGACCACUAGCAUGGAAAGUUCUGAGAAUGAGACACACACAAGACCUUCCUCUGAGCAAGACAUCAAUUCUCCAUCUUCCCUGGUGCCUUUUCAUGCCAUGACUCACUUCUGCAGUGCCCCCCACUCUGCCAGCCAUGGUCCUUCUCUGGUUCCUGUCACCUCACCUCUCACCCCUGGCCUGAUGAGGACCCCCAGCACGUGGGGCAUGAGCUCAGAAGGGGUGACCAGUCACCCUCAGGUUCUGACCAGCAUCUCAGUGGUGGAGACUCGGGCCACGUCUGAAUACUCUACUGCUACAGAGGCCAUUUCCCAUGCCGAAAACACAGCGAUGACUCAACGAUCCCUCAGUUCCACAUGGGAAUCCCACUCCUCGGCCCCAAAUGUCUCAGAGCCAGCCACAGGAAUGUCUCCAGUCGAGACCUCCUCCCUCAGUGGGGAACCGGCUUCCCACACAAAUGUGGCCUCUUUGGGAACCACGGAGACUGAGAUACAGUCAGAGUCGUCCCUGGCCCUGGAACCACGGGAAACCAGCACAUCCUGGCACAUCAGCUCAGCCACAGAGGAAAUCACCGUCCCUCCUGAGGUGUCCACUGGUACUAGUCCUGAGGCCACCAGGACAGCCGUCAUGUCCCCCAGCAGGACAUCCAUCCCUGGCCCUGGUCAGGCCACAGUGUCACCAGACAUCCCCACAGAAAUCAAAACCAGGCUCUCUACCUCCCCUGUCAAGGCAGAAUCUGAACCUAUAACAAUGACCACUGAAACUGUCCCCCUGGGUGCUACACCCCAGGGCACACUAGCCUGGGACACAUCAGCCCCAGCAUCAGGGGCACAGACACACUUGGUUGUGACUCAGGGUUCUCCACGCUCAGAGAUGACCGCUAGCGUGGACACAGGUUCUGAGGAUGCGUCACCCACCAGCCCUUCCUCUGAGCAAGACAUCAGCUCUCCAUCUUCCUUGAUGCCUUUACCUGCCAUGUCCUCGAUUUCUGCAGUGUCUCCCACACUGCUAGCCACUAGCCCUUCUCCACCUGAUCAUGUCACCUCAUCUCUCACCCCUGACCUGCUGACGAUCCCCGGUACAUGGGACAUGAGCUUGGAAGGUGUGACCAGUUCACCCUCAGGUCUAAGUAGCACAUUAGUGGACAUCCGGACCUCACCUGAAGCCUCUUCCACUAUAGAGGCCAUUUACCUUCCUGAAAGCACAGCAGUGACCCACGUGGGGACCCUCAGUUCUCCUCCAUGCGAUGCCUGGCUUCUCUGGAACCACACAGACUGUGACAUUGUCAGUGUCAUCUCUGGCCUGGAACCAUGGGAAAGUGGCAUGUAUGCCCACACCAGCUCAGCUCCGACUUCACCUCGAGAAUCAAACACCAAGCUCUCUACCUCCCCCAUCGUGGCAGAAGCUGCACCUAAAACCAUGGAGACUGAAACUGUUCCCCUGGCGGCUACAUAGGGCACAUUUCCUUGGAACACAUCAGCCACAGCCUCGGGGGCUCAUAUGCACUCGGGUAUGACUCAGGAUUUCUACGGAGCAGAGAUGACCACUACUUCUCAGUGUCCAACACACUGCCAGCCAGUAGUCCUUUUCCUUCUGACUCUGUCACCUUACCUGUCACACUGGCCUGCUGAGGUCCCACAGCCCAUGGGUAUGAGCUCAGAAAGUGUGACCAGUUCACCUUCAGGUCUGAGUCAGACCUCAGUGGAAAUACAGGACACGUCUGACGCCUCUACAACUGCCAAGUCCAUUCACCCUCCCGAAACACAGCAUGCUGAGGCCUCCAGGACAGACAUCAUGUCCCCCAGCAGGACAUCUGCCUGGCCCUGUUCUGCCACAAUGUCACCAGACAUCCCCUAUGGAAUUCACACUGGGCUUUCUACCUCUUCCCCUAGUGUUGAUAUUGGAAAAGUCACCAUCAUCACCAAGAAAGGGACUGAUGGCAUCGUGGAGCGUAUUACAAAGAUACCCAAUGAAGCAGCCCACGGAGGUGUCACAGGACCAGUCCAUGUACAUGUGGCACCCACAUCAUCUGCCAGUCCUACAGGACUACCAACAGACUGGAUGGAGAGAGCAGAGACCACAGCUCUGAAGACCACCUCUACAGCAACUCUGACCACUACUGUCUCUACCCCCACUUCGGGAACGUGGACUCUCCUCAGGACAUCAGGCAAGGUGACCAGCACAAGCACAAGAGGAGCGAUCAUUUCAACCCCAGAUAUUUCCUCUGAUGUUCUACAGAUGACCGCCUCAUUGGCCACCAUACCUGGAGCAGAGACCAGCACAGAAGUUCCCAGGACAACCCCAUCUGUUUUCAAUAGAGGCUCACAGACUACACCCUCACUGGUCCCUAGUUCUGAUGCAGAGAACGGUCCAGCUUCUCCAACUCUGGCUGUUUCCCUUGGUGAGCCAGAGACCACAACCUCACGAGCCUUUCAUUCUGCAGAGACCAGCUUGACUGGUUCCAGGGCAACCCUGAGUGUUUCCCGCAUCGAAUCAGACAGCACACCCCCAACAGCUACUGGUUCUGGGGAAAAAGUCAGUUUAGCAGUUCCAACUCUGACUGUCUUUCCUGGUGUACCAGAAAUGGUGACCUCACUGGUAACUAGUCCUGGGGCAGAGAUGAGCACAGUUAUUUCAACUCUGACUGACUCCCAAGAUGAACCAGAGACCAACACCUCAUGGGUCACCCAACCUGGGGCACUGAGCAGUUCAUCUAUUCUAGUUCCAAGUGUCCUUCCUGGUGAGCCAGGGCUGGUGACCUCAAUGGAUACUAGUUCUGGAGCAGAGACCAGCCCAACUGAUCAAACUGCGACUACUUCCCCUGGUGAGCCAAAUGCAGCAGCCUCAUUGGUUACCCAUCCUGAGGCACAGGCCAGUUCAGCCAUUCCAACUCCAGCCAUUUCCCCUGGUGUAUCAGGGGUGGGAAUCUCACCAGUUACCAGUUCUGGAGCAGAGACCAAUACAACUUUCACAACUCUGACUGAUUCUCCACAUGAACCAGAGACAACAGCCUCAUGGGUCACCCCUCCUGGGACAGAAGCCAUUUCCACUGUUGCAACUUCAACUGUUUCCCCUGGUGAGCCAGAUGCAACAGCCUUGUGGGUUCAUUCCACAGAGAAUAGCACACCUGUUUCCAGAAUAACUCCAAAUUUUUCCCAAAGUGAAUUAGACACCAUACUCUCAAUGGCCACCACUCCUAGGGUAGAAGCCAGUUCAGCCAUUCCAACAGUGACUGUCUCAUCUGGUGUGCCAGCUACAGUGACCUCCCAGACCACUAGUUCUGGGACAGACACCAGUACAACCUCUUCUACUCUGACUGAAUCCCUGUAUGGAUCAGACACAACAGUCUCCUUGGUCACCCAUCCUGCAGUGUCCAACCCAACGGUUCCCAGGACAACCCCCAGUGUUUCCCAUAGUGAAUCAUAUAGCAAACCCUCAACAGCCACCAGCCUUGAGACAGAAGCCAGUUCAGCUGUUCCAACUACACCUAUCUCCCCUGACGUACCAGAUAUGGUGACCUCACAGGCCACUAGCUCUGGGACAGAUGCCAGUAUGGUUAUUUCAACUCUGACUCUUUCUCCUGGAGAACCAGCGAACACAGUCUCAUGGGUUAAUCAUCCUGGAGCACAGACCAGUUCUUCCAUCCCAACUCUGACCGUCUCCCCUGGUGUAUCAGGAGUGGGGACCUCACUGGUCACUAAUUCUGAGGCAGAGACCAGUAUGAUUUUUCCAACUCUGACUGAUUACCCACAUGAAUCAGAGACAGCCUUACGGGUUACCCAUUCCUCAGAGACCAGCACACCUGUUUCCAGAAUAACUCCAAAUUUCUCCCAUAGUGAAUCAGGUACCACACUCUCAACAGCCACCACUCCCGGGGCAGAAGUCAGUUCAUUUUCAGCUACAACUAUCUCACCAGGCAUACCAGGGUUAGUGACCUUAGUGGUUACCAGUUCUGGGGUAGAGACGAGUACAACUUUUUCAACUCUGGCUGAUUCUCUGCAUGAACUGGAGGCCACAGCCUCAUGGCCAGAUACAGCAGUCUCAUUGGUCACCCAUCCUGCAGAGACCAGCUCAACUAUUCCCAAGGCAACACCCAAUUUUUCUUACAGUGAAUCAGAUACCAUACAUUCAAUAGCUACCAGUUCUGGGGCACAGACAAGUUCAGCCAUUCCAACUCUGACCAUCUCCCCUGGUGUACCAGAGGUAGAAAUCUCACUGGCCACAAGUUCUGGGCCAGAGACAAGUACAACUUUUACAACUCUGACUCUUUCUCCAGGUCAAAUGGAGACCACAGGCUCAUGGGUCACCCAUUCUGAGACAGAGUUCAGUUCAGCUGUUCCAACUCUGCCUGCUUCCCCUGGGGAGCCAGAUACAGUAGUCUCAUUGGUCACCCAUCCUGCAGAGACCAGCCCAACAGUUUCCAGGACAACUCCCAGUGUUUCCCAUAGUGAAUUGUAUACCACAUACACAAUGGCCACCAGCCAUGGGGCAGAAGCCAGUUCGGCUGUUCCAACUCCAACUGUCCCCCCUGGUGUACCAGAUAUGGUGACCUCACAGGUCACUAGUUCUGAGAAAGAUGCCAGUACAGUCAUUCCCACUCUGAAUCUUUCUCCUGAUGAGCCAGGGACCACAGCCUCAACAAUCAUUUAUUCUGAAAUCCAGACCAGCUCAGCCAUUCCAGCUCCACCUGUCUCCUCUACUGUGCCAGAGCUGGUGACCUCACUGGUCACCAGUUCUGGGGUGGAAGCCAGUACAAUGUUUACAACUCUGACUGAUUCCCCACAAAAGGCAGAGAUGACAGCCUCGUGGGUCACCCAUUCUGGGACAGAAACCAGUUCAGCUGUUCCAACUCUGACUAUUUCUCCUGAGGAGACAAAUACAACAGUCUCAUCAGUCACUCAUUCUGAAGAAACUAGCCCAACUGUCCCCAAAACAACUCCAGUUUUUUCCAAAGGUGAACCAGACACCACACAGUCAAUAGCCACCAGCCGUGGGGAAGAAACCAGUUCAGUGGUUCCAACUCCAACUGUCUCCCUUGGUGCACCAGAUAUGGUGGCCUCUCACGUUCCUACUUCUGAGACAGAUGCCAAUAUGACUAUUCCAAGUCUGACUCUUUCUCCUGGUGAACCAGCAACCACAGGCUUAUUGGUCACCCACCCCAGUGCAAAGACAAGUACACAUUUUCCUGGUUCAACUGCUUUUCCUCAUUUACCAGAGACCAUAGCCUCACUCUCCAUCCAACCUGAGCUGGAGAUGAGUACAGCUCCUCCAGUUCGGACUGUUUCCCUCGGUCUACCAGAGACAACAUCCUUCACCACAUCCAUGACGGAGACCAGCAGAGUUGAUCUGGGUCCAACAGUCUCACCUGGUGUUCCUGUAGAAACAGCCUCACUCUCCACCCAUCUUGGCACAGACAUCACAACUAUUUCAACGUCAACUCUUUCCCCUGUGUUAUUGAAGACCACAGGCUUAUUGGCCACCAGCCCUGCAUCAGAGGCCAGCACAGGUGGCCCAACUUUGACUGCUGGUGUUCUUGGGCCUGUCAGUACCCCUGAAACCACUGGUGAGUCUCAUACCUUAACUUCCUGGAGCACAGAACCCUCACCACCUGUGACCUCAGUUGAACUCCUGGAAUUGUUCAAGACUGUGACAGGGGACACUGUGACCUUGAUAGCAUCAGAGACCCCAACACCACCUAAAACCAGUCACAGAGAUGGAUCGAGUCCAACUGCUAUCCUGAAAACCACAACUCCUGAGACCACUAAUUUAGCUGCCACAGGCUCAGGCCCCACCAUGGCGGAGACUGCAGCCACCUUCAAUACAUCUGUGGCAAGUCCCUUUGUCCCUGAGACCUCACCUGGGAUGUCCAUCUUGACCUCUCUGAGUGUGACUUCAGAAACAACUGCAGCCCCUUUCUUGAUGCCUUUUACUGUCAACUUCACCAUCACCAGCCUGCACUACACCGAGGACAUGGGGAACUCGGGCUCUGAGAUAUUCAAUGCCACUGAGAGACACCUGCAGCACCUGCUCAGGACUCUGUUCGAAAACAGCAGUGUUGGUUCCCUCUAUGAUGGCUGCAGGCUGACCUUGUUCAGGGCUGAGAAGGAUGGGACAAGCACCAGGAUAGAUGCAGUCUGUACCUACCGCCCAGAUCCCACCGGCUUCAGGCUGGACAGAGAGCGGCUCUACCAGGAGCUAAGCCAGCAGACCCAUGGCAUCACUCAGCUGGGCCCCUACACCCUGGACAGGAACAGUCUCUGUGUCAACGGUUAUAACCAUCAGUACUGGACCCCCACCACCAGCACUCUGGUGACCUCCACAUUUUCUCCAGGACCGUCGAUAUCUCUGCCCCCCACCCCCAGCUCUACAGGUAGGAUUGUGGGCCCAGCCCUGGUGCCAUUCACCCUCAACUUCACCAUCACCAACCUGCUCUGCACCCCAGACAUGAGGCACCCAGGCUCCAUGAAGUUCAACUCCACUGAGAGGGCCCUGAAUCGCCUGCUUGGUCCCUUGUUCAAGAACACCAGUAUUGGCCCACGGUACUCUGGCUGCAGACUGACCUUGCUCAGGACUGAGAAGGGUGGAAGAGCAACAGGAGUGGACGUGAUCUGCACUUAUCAUCCUGACCCCAUGGGCCCUGGGCUGAACAGAGAAGAAUUGUACCAGGAGCUGAGUCAGCUGACCCGCGGUGUCACCUGGCUGGGCACCUACACCCUGGACAGAGACAGUCUCUAUGUCAAUGGUUAUAACCACCGGUACUGGAACCCUACCACCAGCACUCCAGUGACUUCUACAUUCUCUCCAGAAUCUUCCACAUCUCAGCCCCCCAUCCUCAGCUCUACAGGUGUGAGCCUGUCUCUGGUGCCCUUCACCCUCAACUUCACCAUCACCAACCUGCGCUACACAGAGGGCAUGGGGCCCCCGGGAUCUGAGCUAUUCAACUCUGUGGAGAGGAUCUUGAAUCGUCUGCUCAAACCCUUGUUCCAGAACAGCAGCAUUGGGCCCCUCUAUUAUGACUGCAGAUUGACCUUGCUCAGGCCUGAGAAAAAGGGAACAGCCACUGGAGUUGAUGCUGUCUGUACUCACCAUCCUGACCCCAUGGGUCCUAAGCUAGACAGAGAGAAGCUGUACUGGGAGCUGAGCCAUCAGACCCAUGGUGUCACCCAGCUGGCCUCCUUCACCCUGGACAAGAACAGCCUCUAUGUCAAUGGUUAUACCCACUGGACCUCAGCCCCCACACCCAGUGACUAUUCAUCCUUAGCUCCUGUGACCCCUGUGCACUUCCCAGGGACCUCGAUGGUGCCAGCCCACUUCUCCAGCUCCACAGCUGCUGGUCCUGCCCCAGUGCCCUUCACCCUGAACUUUACCAUCAUCAACCUGCACUACACGAAGGACAUGCAGCCGAGCUCGGCAAAGUUUAACUCCACAGAGUCAGCUCUACAAUGCCUGCUCAAGCCCUUGUUUGCCAACAGCAGCAUUGGUCCGCUCUACAUUGGCUGCAGAGUGACCACACUAAGGCCUGAAAGGGGUGGAACAGCCACUGGAGUUGACGCUGUCUGCACCUACCGACCUGGCCCUUCGGGUCUCCAGCUGGACAGGGAGCGCCUCUACUGGGAACUGAGCCGCCAGACCCACGGUGUCACCCAGCUCGGUUCCUACAUCCUGGACAGGGACCGUCUCUAUGUCAACGGUUACACCAGAUCACCACUGACCCCCAUCCCCAGUGUUCCUGUGAUUUCUACACCCUCAGGAACCUCAGUAGCUCCAAUCUCCUUCUCCAGCUCUACAGUCUCCGGCCCUGACCUGGUUCCAUUCACCCUCAACUUCACCAUCACCAACCUGCGCUACACAGAGAGCAUGCAGCUUAUGGGUUCAGCCAAGUUCAACGAAAUAGAGAAGGUCUUGCAGAGCCUGCUCAGACCCUUAUUCAAGAACACCAGUGUCGGCCCCCUCUACUCUGGCUGCAGACUGACCUCGCUCAGGCCCGAGAAGGCUGGAGCAGCCACCAGGGUGAACACAAUCUGCUCCUACCGCCCCGACCCUGCGGGCCGCGGGCUGGAUAGAGAGAAGCUGUACUGGGAGCUGAGCCGGCUGACCCGUGGUAUCACCUGGCUGGGCCCCUACACCCUGGAGCAGGACAGUCUCUGUGUCAGUGGCUACACCCACCAGACACCAGUAACCGCCCCCAGUGGCCCUGCCGCGUAUCCAUCCCGGGCCUGACAGCCUGGCCUCUCCUCUCCCUCCCCUGCUGCAGCCACGGGACAUCCCCUUGUGCCUUUCACCCUCAACUUCACUAUCACCAACCUACACUACGCUGAGGACAUGCAGCCUCCUGGAUCCUUGAAAUUUAACACCACGGAGAGGUCCCUGCAGCGCCAGCUCGGACCCUUGUUCCAGAACACCAGUGUGGGCCCCCUGUACUCAGGCUGCAGACUGACCUUGCUCAGGCCCGAGAAGGAUGGGGCAGCCACUGGAGUGGACGCCGUCUGCACCCACCGCCCUGACCCCACGGGCCCUGGGCUGGACAGAGAGAGGUUGUACCAGGAGCUGAGCCAGCUGACCCAUGGUGUCACCAGGCUGGGUCCCUACACCCUGGAUCCCAACAGUCUCUACAUCAAUGGUUUCACCCACCAGACGCGGGCCACCACCCCCAGCAGUGAGUAUUCAGAGGCUUCAGAAGUCCCUGCAAGCACCUUCCGGGAUGACAGACUCUCCAUCCGUGGUGCGGGCUGUGCGGGCUGUGGGUCUCCUGCUCGCUGUGGGUUCUGCAGCAGCAGGCGCUGCAUGAAUUCAGACUUCCCCUGGGGCUCACAUUUCCUGUGCUUUGGGCAAGGUUUUGGUCUCUCCGGAGAUGUCUUCCGGAUUGUCUUCCUUGUCACACCCAACCGGCUUCAGCCACCACCCCCAACAAUGGGGGCUGCUCAGUCAGCCAGGCCUUCCCUCCUGUUCCCCCCCUUCUGGACGGGAAGUCCAGAAGACAUGUAUGGAAAUGUGGGCCGAGCUGGAGCCACUGGCCCCGCUCUGGUGUCCUUCACCCUGAACUUCACCAUCACCAACCUGCACUACACUGAGGACAUGGGGCACCCCAGUUCCUUGAAGUUCAACUUCACCAAGAGGAUCCUCCAGCACCAGCUCAAGCUCCUGCUCAGUAAGACCAGUGUCGGCCCCCUCUACGCUGGCUGCAGGCUUGCCUCGCUCAGGCUUGAGAAGGGUGGUGCAGCCACUGGAGUGGACAUCGUCUGCACCGUCCACUCUGACCCUGCGGGCCCCGGGCUGGACAGAGAGCGGCUAUACUGGGAGCUGAGCCGUGAGACCCGUGGCAUCACCCGGCUGGGGCCCUUCACCCUGGACAGGGACAGCCUCUGUGUCAAUGGUUACACCUAUGGAGCCACAGCCCCAACUACCACUGCUGGGGAGGCCCGUGAGGAGCUGUUCACACUGAACUUCACCAUCGACAACCUGCGCUACUCAGCGGACAUGGGCCGCCCCGGCUCCCUCAAGUUCAACAUCACAGAUACCCUCAUGCAGCACCUGCUGGGCCCAUUGUUCCAGAAGAGCAGUCUGGGUACCCGAUAUACAGGCUGCAAGGUCACCUCACUAAGGUCUGUGAAGAAUGGUGCCAAGACGAGGGUGAACAUCCUCUGCACCUACCGGCAGCACCCCAGCAGCCCGGGUCUACUUGCAAAACAGGUAUUCCAUGAACUGAGCAGGCAGACCCGUGGCAUCACCCGGCUGGGCCCCUAUUCACUGGACAAGGACAGCCUCUACCUCAAUGGUUAUAACGAGCGUGGUCCAGAUGAGCCUCCCACAACUCCUGAGGCAGCCACCACAUUCCUGCCUAGUUCAUCAUCACCUGUGCAACCAGAAGCCACCACAGCUAUGGGACACAACCUGAAGACCUUCACACUGAACUUGACCAUCUCCAACCUCCAGUAUUCAACAGACAUGAGCCACAGCUCAGCUACAUUCAACUCCACCAAGAGGACCCUGCAGCACCUGCUUGGAUCCUUGUUCCAGAAGAGCAGCCUGGGCCCCUUCUAUUCAGGUUGCAGAUUAAUCUCCCUCAGGCCUGAGAAGGAUGGGGUAGCCACUCAUGUUAAUGCCAUCUGCACCUAUCACCAUGACCCCAUGGGCUACAGGCUGGACCGAGAACAGCUUUACUGGGAGCUAAGCCAGCUGACCCAUGGUGUCACCCAGAUGGGCAUCUAUACCCUGGUCAGGGACAGCCUCUUCGUCAAUGGCUACGCACCCCAGAAUUUAUCUAUUCAGAAUGAGUAUCAGCUGAAUUUCCGCAUCCUCAACUGGAACCUCAGCAACUCAGACCCUGCAUCCUUGGAGUACACAACCCUGCUGAGAGACAUCCAGGACAAGGUCACCAAACUCUACAGAGGCAGCCAGCUACAAGACAUUUUCCGCUCCUGCCUGGUCACCAGCUUGACGUUGGACUCCAUGUUGGUCACCAUCAAGGCUCUGUUCUCUUCCAAUGUGGACCCCAGUAUGGUGAAGCAAGUCUUUCUAGACAAGACCCUGAAUGUCUCAUCCCACUGGCUUGGUGCCACCUAUCAGCUGGCAGAUUUGCAUGUGACAGAAGUGGAGUCAACAGCUCAUCUACCAACAGACAGACCAACAAGCAGUCCCACCUCUCAGCACUUCCAGCUGAAUUUCACUGUCACCAACCUACUCUAUUCCCAAGACUUAUCCCAGCCCAACACCACCAAACACCAGCGGAACAAGAGAAGUAUCGAGAAUGCGCUCAACCAGCUCUUCCGAAACAGCAGCAUGAAGAGUUAUUUCUCUGACUGUCAAGUUUUAGCAUUCAGGUCUGUCCCCGACAGCAACCACACUGGGGUGGACUCCAUCUGUAACUUUUCACCAUUGGCUCGGAGACUGGACAGAAUUGCCAUCUAUGAGGAGUUCUUGAGGCUGACCCAAAAUGGUACCCAGCUGCAGAAUUUUACCCUGGACAGAAACAGUGUCCUUGUGGAUGGGUAUUCUCCCAACAGAAAUGAUGUCUUGACUGAGAAUUCAGACCUCCCCUUCUGGGCCAUCAUCCUCAUUUGCUUGGCGGGACUCCUGGUACUCAUCACAUGCCUGAUCUGCUGUUUCCUGGUCACCAUCCGCCUGCGGAAGAAGGAGGGAGACUACGAGGUUCAGCAACACAGCCUGGGCUAUUACCUGCCACACCUAGACCUGAAGUUGCAGUGAGCUCUGCCUGCGGCUCCAAGGGAGCUUGGCUGGAAUAGAAUAAACCACAUU